AUGCCAAAAACUGCAAGUAUGAGCAAUUUUUUUACUAAAUUAUUAGGAAAGGAUGAUGAUUCAACAAAUCAUUCUCAUUCACAUAAAGGUGAUGUAAAAUGUGAAAGUGAAACAUGUAGUACAUCAAUAACUGGUGGUGAAAAACAUGGUCGUAAAAGUGAUUCUACAAUAAUAAAUAAUAACAUAGAUAAACAAGUUAUUGAAGGCCGAACAACACAACAUGAAGGUGUAAAUGUUAAAUCAACUGUUUCAUCAGAUGUUAGUUCAAGCGUAACCAUUGCUAAUCAUCAGCAACUUAAUGACCUUAUUUCGAAAAUAAGUUCAACACAUUCAGAAAUCAAUGAUUAUGCUAACCGACAAACAGCAAAAAUUGAUGAAGAAAUUCAACGUGAAAUCGAUCAAGUUGUUGGACGUACACGUCUUCAACAAGAGGACCUUGUUCGAAAAGCUAAUGAACAAACGAGUCAAAUUGAUACUGAACAUCGUGCACGAUUACAAAAAAUGGUUGAAGAAAUUGAUGCUGAUAGAGCAAAACGAAUAGCAGAAAUUGAAAAAGAAUUAAAUAAAUUACAAGCUUCUAUAUUACAAGCAGCUAAAAAUGAUAUAGAUCUAUUAAAUAAAAAAUCAGCUAAUCUUAAAAUUGAUAUUUUACAAGAAGCACAAUCGAAAGCAACAACAGCAGCAAAUGAUAUUACCUCUCAGGCAUCACAUUUAGGUCAAGCAUCAACUCUUCAUCAAUCAACAGGCACAACGGUUAUUAAAACAGAUGUAUCAGCAGUAUCACCAGCUUAUGAAACUGACAACACACAGACGAUUGGAAAAUUAGCAGCUAAAGAAACGCAUGCAUCAGAUAGUGGCGCUCAGAGAAUCUGA